AUGAUAAUCGACGGCGAGAAGUAUGCUUGCGAGGCCUGCGUGCGCGGCCACCGCGUGAGCAACUGCCAACAUUCUGAUCGUCCCCUCCAACAUAUCAAUAAGAAGGGUCGCCCAGUCUCUCAAUGCGCGCACUGCCGCGCGAUGCGCAAGUCGCGCUCUGCCCACGUCAAGUGCGACUGCGGCGAGAAGACAAGCAAGUGCGCGCACUUGCAGCCGACCGUCGAUGGACACAAGGAGACGUGUUGCUGUAACCACGGUGGCCGCUGUACUUGCUCCGGCAAGAAAGAGCCUGCUCUUGACACUGUCCCCGAGUCCGACUCGGAGGACGAGUGUCAGUCUACUAGCACCACUGGCCGUGUUAAGGCUCCCACUCGCCGACGGAGGGCCAACACUGUCCACUCCGACGGCGUCCUGACCUUCGACCAAAACGGUCACCAUAAGCCCGCUCACAGGAACAACAGGGUUGCACAAAAGUGUGGUCCUUACCAGCUCAACAGGGUCAACUCUGCUCACAGCACCGGAAGCUUGGGUACCGACAGCAUGAUGCAGAAGGGUACCCGCGAAGCGCCGAGCACCCGGGCUCGUGCGUCAAGCACCCGGGAACCACGCCGAGUCAAGUCAGAAACGGCUUCCCCACUCAUGAGCAGCAACCCGGGUUUCCAGAACCUCAACGGCAACCUGCCUCCGUUGGACCUGUCGGGUAUUGAGUACCCGCCCUACAUGGCCAACAGCACAUUCGACCUCUUUGGCUCCGGUUUCAACUCAGAAACUGAUGGCCCCAUGUACAGCGCCGGUCUGAGCGCCGCGUCGGUCGAUUGGAGUCACUAUGACCUAUCAGACAUGAAAGGAGACAGCUUUACGCCCUCGAGUUAUAGCCAGGCCGGAGCCCAGAGCUUCAAUGGCCUGUUCGACUUUGGCAGUGGCUCAGAGCAACUCCCUCACCUAGCUAACACGACGUCGACCUCUGGCGAGGUCUCCGAGGUGGAAGACUUUAUGCCCGGAGGCGACGGCGACUAUGACGGCUUCAGCGCCGGCAGCACGUUUCUGCGACAAAACAGUAUGAUGGCCAGCUCCACAGACCUGACCAGCAUCGACUACGACAGCUUCUACAAGGGCCCCGACGCCGGCCCAAUUGCCGGAGCUGGUCUAUCGAUGGUCGAGGACGACCCCGCAUUCUGGAUGCCCAACUACAACGAGGGCAUCACGACUAUGGACGACAGCCCAGAUCCCCUGGGCCCGGCUUCUAUGCCCAACCUUUGGGAGAUGUGA